AUGAUUUGGAACCAAAAACAUUUAGUUGCACAUGAUAUAUGCUUGAAUGUUAACUGGUUUUGGCAGAAGUGGUAUGCGGUCCAGGAUUUGCGUAACAAUGGCAGACAACAAGCUGAUAUUGACUUUAAUAUGAGGUGGCAAAUUCCAGAAUAUGGCAGACUUAUGUGUAAUGUCGAUGCUAGUUUCCACCGAGCUUCGGACAAAACCGGGAUAGGUUGUUGUGUUCGUAACAAUGCAGGUAUAUUUGUUUCAGCAUUAACCUCUUGGACGCGACCGGAACUGUCUCCACAUGAGGGUGAGACACUGGGGUUGUGGCAAGCUAUGUCUUGGGCUUUUAGUAGCGGCUUCCAAAAUGUGAUAUUUGAAACAGACUCCAAGAUGCUUGUGGAUGCUGUUCAUUCAGAUAGUGCAGGUAUUCCUAAAUUUUAUGUCAUUGUUUCUAAGAUUAGAGGUUUGUUAGCAUUACAUUACAACUUUGAGGUAAAGUUUGUUCGACGUCAAGCAAAUAUGGUUGCUCAUACCUUAGCAAAGGCAACCAUUUCAAAUGUUAAUCGUCAUGUUUAUGAUUAUGCUCCUCUUUGUAUUCAAUAUUAUUUAAGAAAUGAUAUGAGCUGA